AUGCACAGAGCUAUUCGCCAAUGGUCAAAAAAUUCUAUUGAAAACGAGAUGAAGCGGAAGCAUCUGUCGUUCGACGAUGGUUAUGGCCCGCCUGGCUUUGGUGGCAGAGGGGCCUCUUCAUCGGAGAGUCACGACGAUGAUGGUAUGGGUUUCCUUAUUAGCCUCCUAGUCCCUGACCGGGGUGAUAAUAAGACCUCGAAGUCGGGAUUGACCCAGACAGGCUUAAAGAACAUCUUUACCUUGUUCCCGGACAUAUGCCCUCGAUAUCUUACUACCCUCUACCAAGACAUGUUAGCGAGGAAAAUACGUAUAUGUGAAGAAGCCAUGGUCGAUGCCAUCCUUCAGAAGGAGGCUUACCCUACCAAAAAUGAUUCAAAAAGGCGUAAACUAGCCGAGGACAAAGGCAAGAAGACUCGAUGGGGCUAUGGCGAUCAAGUCAAGAGAGAUACACGCUAUUGGAAAUGCUGUAAAUCUCUUUUGAAGCUUGACUUCCCUCUGGUACCUAUGCCUUAUAUCGUCGAUCUCAUAAAUAUGAAUAAUGGUUGUCUGUAUAACGCAUACCUGGAACUAGACAAGAAGGAAGCUACAUAUGAGACCUUGAAUCCCAAACCUUAUACAAAGGAACCUGGUUUUAAGAACUCGAAAGCAAUAGCUUCCCUUACGAAAGAAGUGGCUAAGCACCAGACCAAAGACACACAUUUAGAGAUCCAGGACGCCAGAGCGGAGCGGACGCGUCGCACUAUGGCGCGGGCCGCCAAGGAGCGGCAUUUGAAGCUAGAAGAUCAGAAUCUUGCCUACCAUACUGCCACAGGCGGGCUGAUUGAAUGCCAUUGCUGCUAUACCGAUACUCCACUUAACCGGACGAUAACUUGCACCGCCACAGAAGCCCACCCGUUUUGCUGGAAAUGCAUUAAAUUCAACGCCGAAAUUCAGAUUGGAAUGAUGAAGUACGAUAUCCAGUGCAUGGACAUGAGUGGGUGUAAGGCAAAUUUCAGCAAGGACCAUUUGGUCAAAUCAAUCGGAGGCACUUUGAUGAAAAAACUUUCUGAUCUCCAACAACGCGAAGAGAUAGACAAAGCCGGUCUGGAGGACCUUGAAGAAUGUCCAUUCUGUGACUAUAAAGCGAUAUACCCGCCAAUUGAGGAAAACCGUGAAUUCCGCUGCCUGAAGCCCGAAUGUAUGAGGGUUAGUUGCCGAAAGUGCCAUAGAGUUUCGCAUAUUCCAAAGACCUGCCAGGAGAUGGAGAAGGAAAAACAUGUACCCAUAAGGCAGAAGAUCGAAGAGGCUAUGAGUGAAGCCAUUAUCCGCAUCUGCCCCAAUGAAAAAUGCAAAACCCCGAUUAUCAAAGAAUAUGGAUGCAACAAGAUGUGGCAUCAUGACGAACUAACCAAGGCGCACCGAACGGCGGUUGACAAAGUUCUAAAGGAGAACCCAGAACUUAGAGAAGAGGAUAUUGGCGUCAAACCCCCUUCAUCUACUGAAACUCGUAGUGCUCCCUUGCCAUUUCGUCAUCAUCUUAUUGAUGAGGCCGACUGGAACAGAUUUGGCUUACCACCACGGCAACCGCAGGUACCAGUUCUCCAUGAUGCCGUGCACCAGCAGGCGCCGCAGCAAGCUCAGAACAAUAGACGUGAUGAUGGGCGGCUUCAAAACCAACAACAACUUGGCGCGCAGGCAGCGCCUGAACCGAACGUCCGACCCCCAGCAGCACCAGCAAGGGUGGCGCUUGAACCACUGAACUUCCGAUACCCAGCAGCACUUGAACCACCCAAUUUCCGGCACCUGGCGGCAGCAGCGGUGGCAGUGCCCGAGCCACAGAACGCUCAACGCCCGGAGAUAGCAGCGGUGGCAGAAGGAGGGGUAGUAGAAGCGCAGCGACCGGUACAGUUCCAAGUCGUAGGAAGGGUAGGUGUUUUACCGACAGCGUGGGAUACCGCCCAUGGUGCUCUUCCACAGCCGUUCUGGUAUGAGAGAUAUGGCUAUGUACCCCAACCGCCACCACCAGGGAUACCAGUCAUUCAAUAUCAAGGACACCCCGUUAUUAAUAAUAAUCCGGAGGAGGCGCGAUAUUAUGAUGACAACGGACGACAGAUAUAUUUUCCUGAUCCUCCUCUGCCUGCACGUAACCCCAACCACCGCGUCCCUGACAAUGCUGGAAACAGAAAUGGAGCGGCGCAACCUCAUGCAGACCAGAAUGCUCAAGCCAUUUAUUAUGCUACUCAUCAACAUGCUCGACACGGUGGCCAUCACAAUCCACAUCCCCAAGCUCGGCGUUGA